GGAUCAAUCAUUCAAUAAUCGUUCAGUGUGAAAGCAGCAAUAUACUCCUCAGUGUGUUAGUGCUACAGAGUGCUAGGUGCUAGCACUCUGUAGCACUAACUGUCUAAUUAAGAGCUAGGGGGUUGGCUUUCUGUGGCAGUGACACGGACACAGCAGGAAACAUCUUCAGACAGCUCAGAAACAACAAAGCUGCUGAUUCAGUUGUCAGCAUCAUGACUCUUACUUCCAUCUGCUUUCUGCUCCUCAUAGUGGGAAAUAUUUCCUGUUUAGAGUCAGAAGAGCUUCAGAAUGAUCAACACAAAUCCAAUGAGAGCUUUGCUGAAUUCCUUGAUAUAAAUAAUAUGCGUUAUGAGCUAUCAGAUGCUGGUAAUCAGACAUCCAACCACAGUUCUGACACAAAAGCACAUACCUGCAGUUAUCUAGACGUUUUAAAUUACCUGAACUUCACUAAAAACAAGGAGAUGUAUACCCUGACCCGACCUGUUAAAGAUCACAAACAAAAGACAAAUCUUUACCUAGUAAUGGUGGUCUAUGCCAUCCUGGAUGUGAGAGUGGCUGACCAAACAUUUAUAGUCUAUGUUUGGAUUGAAAUGGUCUGGAAAAAUGAAUUCAUCAGUUGGGAAGAAGAGGAUUUUUGUGGAAUUUCAAAAGUCAUAGUUCCAACUGACACUCUGUGGCAGCCAGACAUAACUAUUGAAGAAAUGGUAGAGAAGGACAAAGCCCCACCAAGCCCUUUCCUUCAGAUAUCUCAUGAGGGUUAUACAUUUUAUAGGAAUGACAAGGUUGUCAUCAGCACCUGCAAGAUGCAAGUUUACAAAUUCCCCUUUGACAUUCAGAGCUGCAACAUAACCUUCAAAUCUGUUUUGUACACUGAUGAAGAAUUACAAUUCCACAUCACUGAGGACAAUGCAUUACUCACUGCGUGGUCUAAGGAGGUAAUGGAUUCACAGUAUGAGUGGGAGUUUUUGAAUCAGUCAGCGCACAAAAAAACAGUUCAUUACUUUGGCGACGAUCAGACUGUCAUCAUUUACACUAUCAAAAUGAGGAGAAAGUCUAUGCUCUAUGUUUCCAACUUCUUGCUUCCCAUCCUCUUCUUCUUGUGCCUGGACUUUGCCUCCCUCAUGAUGUCAAACAGUGGAGGCGAGAAAAUUGGCUUCAAAAUCACUGUUCUGCUUGCAGUCACAGUGAUGCAGCUUCUUCUCAACGAGAUUCUACCUUUUACAUCACGCAGGAUUCCACUAAUAGUGGUUUACUGCAUUGGAACUUUUGCACUGAUGCUGCUCAGCCUCCUGGAGGCCAUUUUAAUGAAGUAUUUGGCGGAGAAAGACUCAACAUCCCAGGACAGAAAAAACAAAAAUGGCUCGGGACUGAAAGAGGAGAGAGAAAUAGAGAAGGGUGGGCCUAUCCACGAUGAGAUGGGUGAUCAAAUAUCGUCUAUCUACAAAGAGGACAGCAGCAGCAGCCAGCUGACUGAGAUAUUUCUUGCAGUGGAAAAAGUGUCAGAUGAACUGGGAAAGAUGAAAAAGUUUUUCCUUCUCAGCAGCAAGAAGGAAGAGGUGGAACCUGGCUACUGGACCAACGUGACUAACAAAUUUAACACCAUUUUCAGCAUUUUUUAUAUCACAUCAGUCAUUGUGUUUUUAUGCACACUCUUCUCUGUGUGGACCUCUGACUCAGACUAAAACUACAAAUGUUUAAAAUGUUUAGUUGUUUUUUUUUUUACUUAUGCAUGAAUUUGGGUGUUAUUGAUUCACAGAUUUUUUUUUCAGAAACAGUUUUAAAGUUAAUGCAGUUAGUUCAUUUAGAUGACCACAUUGUUUUAUUGUUUGUGACAAAGUAUCAUCAGAUCAACAAUAAAAAUGUUUUCUGAUAAGUUACAUUAAGUUUUCACAUGUUCGUAUAGAUUAUGUCAUCCAGGGGCCUCAUUUAUCAAGCUUGCUUACGCACAAAACGGGGUCGGAAAACUGCGUAAGCAACUUUCCACGCAAACUUUGGGAUUUAUGAAAGAAAACUUAGCGGAAAAAUGUGCGCAAAUUUAAGUUGACUAAGGACCUGGCUUACGCACAUUUUGGUUAUGUAGAGCACCUGCAGUGCUGCUGCUGAGAAGGAUAAAAUUAUGAAACCCUGCAGCAUUAUCACUUGUACCGCUUCGUUUUCACACAGAACAAGACCCCCUCACACGCACACACUUGCACGCACACUCACACACACACACACACGCGCGCGCGCGCACACACACACACACAUGCGCGCACACACACACACACACACAGCCUGAAGCGCAGAAUAUCAGUAGGGAGACAGAUUGAGACAGAAUGUCAUGCAUCUGUGACAGUGUGUGUCCUGUCACUGUGACCCAAUUGAUAAUACACCCUGGCUACAUGUACAGGGGAGAUCUCCAUUUGGGUGACUGGUUAGCAUGCGUGACUUUCACCUGGGAGCCUUGGGAUUGAAUCCCGAUUGGACCAUUUUUUUAUAUCCGCCACAGAUCUCUCUGAAGAACUCACAACACUGACGGCUUCAACAAUGUUGUGCCACUCCAUGGAUUUUAUCUUGUUUGUUUUGCAAAGGCACUUCCUUUCAUUUCUCCACCUCACCCACAAGUACCUCAACUUCUGCUUCUAUGAAAUUGCGCUUCCUUGAUCUGCCUUGAUUUACAGACGCCAUCGUCAUUGGCGGAGUGCUGCAACAGCCAGCUUAUGUAUAUGAAUGAGGUCCACAAGGCACUUUGCAUUGACUAUUUAUGGCAGUAAGUGGGCGUGGUGAGGGCGGGAUGUGACUAAAAAGCAGCUGAGAACCUUUCUAGAUAGUUUCUGAUUUAUGAAGCUGAGAUUGCGUGCAGCUGUGCGUACUCCACGUUUGAUAGAUCACAAACCUACUUGGUUUAAGUACAUUUUUUUUGCUGAGCUUAAGUACGGUUUUAGUAAGGAUUCUACGCAAUGUUUGAUAAAUGAGACCCCUGAUCAUUAAGUUUUCAAACUAUUUAUUCCAUAAAUAUGAAGCUCUUGCAAUCAAGUCAAUAUAAACUGACAAGGAAAUACUACUGUUGCAUGUUUUGCAAAUAACCUGAAACAAUAGAUAUUCAAAAGAUUUUAAGAAACUUUCAUCUUUAACCUAUUUCCAGCACGUAUUUCUAUCAGCUCCAGCUAUGUAUUAAAGACCAUAACGAUUUUAUUAAUUAAUUUAUUUAUUUAUUUACAUAAUUGGAAGUUUUGUAUUUUUAAUGUUUAACUUAUAACAACUUGCUUUUAUGGUUUGUGGGAAAAAUAAUGUAUUAUAUUUCUGCUGUAUUUAUCUGUUUAUUCUGUAGACAGUAAUCUAACCGGUGAAGCAUGAACUCAAGUGAUCACAUGAUAUGUUACAGCAAAAUGUGUAUUUAUUUAUUCUUCUCGCAAUAAAGUCAGUGAAAGCCUAAUUUCCGGUACUAGCUUUCAUUUAUUCAAUGUCAGUUGGAUUUGGGUGUGAGCAGUGGUGGGCAGUCAGGGCCAGCAAAGCCUUCUCUGCUGGUCUAAACUUACUCAAAAACGUAAAUAUAUAUUUUUUCCUUUGGUAAAUAUUUUUAAAUAAAAAAAAUUUCACUGGUC